GGCACACCGGGCAGAGGCACACCGGGCAGAGGCACAUCGGGCUGGACUCCGGGCAGAGGCACAUCGGGCAGGACUCCGGGCAGAGGCACAUCGGGCAGCUCCGGGCAGAGGCACAUCGGGCAGGACUCCGGGCAGAGGCACAUCGGGCAGGACUCCGGGCAGAGGCACAUCGGGCCGGACUCCGGGCAGAGGCACAUCGGAUUACCAGGCAAAGCAGCAGGCAGCGGGCCACCAGGCAGAGCAGCAGGCACCGGGCCCCCAGGCAGAGCAGCAGGCACCGGGCCCCCCCCAGGCGGAGCGGCGGGCGCCGGACCCCCAGGCGGAGCGGCGGGCGCCGGACCCCCAGGCGGAGCGACA